AUGUAUAGAACAUAUUCCGUUGAGCCAGUAAUCUACAACACCUAUAACUGCGUUUAUCUGAAGCCUAAAAAAACAAUAAGCAGCCCUUUUUAUUAUCCUUUAGCUGUGACAGGGGAAUAUCUUUUAAGUUCAAAGACAGGAGGAUGUUGCAGUUCUACUAAAAAAUACUCUUUACACCCAACGAGUUAUUUUUACCCUUAUUAUUAUUAUUAUCCUGCAUACACUACAACUUAUUCUUAUUCAUCUGAUUAUUCCUAUAAUGAAGAUAAUAGCGAAGAAAAAGAAAAAAAUAACUCAGAAAAAAAAAAAAAGUAUGAAUAUAUUGAUAGAGAUAAAUGUACACAUAAUCAUUUGUCUGUAGAAUCUUCCUAUGUUCCCAAAAGAGCUAUUUAUAUACCACCCACUAUUAUUGUUCCAUAA